AUGGCCGAUUUAACACAUGGCGUGAACUUAUUGGCCAAACACUGUUCACAAUUGACAUCAUUGGCACUUGAGGUCAAAGAUUACGUUCAAAUGGCAUCACAACCAGUAUUAUUUUUCUUCAACUGUUUAUUUGCUGAAAAUGAUGAGUUGGAAACACCGCCCGAACCCAUAGAGUUGGGAUCACUGGCAUCACUGAAAUCAAUGAAACAAUUGAAUUCAUUACAUAUUCUGUACAAGAAUUUAAAUGAUAAUCAUUUUGAAAACAUUCACGAUUAUUGUCCACAACUCAAGCGUUUAGUUUUGAAAACACAACAAAAGUUGUCAAACCAAACGUUGCAUUCCUUAUCAAAACUAAAAUCACUGCAAUUAUUGAAAAUAUAUUCAACGCCUUAUAAAAUGACUGAAAUAUCUGAUAACGGGAUCUGUCAUCUCAUAGACAACUGUCCACAUCUGCGGGUAUUAACGUUGAAAUGCGGGACAACUGUUACCGACACCACAUUUGAUGCCCUCAAGAGUCGGGCCAACCGAUGGCCGCACAGACUGUUUGUAUUUGAAUACUGUUGGCGACGGACUAAAGAGCAGCACUCAAUUGUAUGGACAGAAAACGAUGGUUUUGUAAACUCACACAGAUUUUGGCCACAACUCCUAUCAAUGCCCGAAAAUUUAAUUAUUUAUAGCCGCGAGUAUUACACGGGUUGGUGCGGCACCGGUGCUCUCACUGAGCAAAAUGAAUAUGCUGAUUUAUUUAAGAUUGAUAAGGAAUGCGAUGAAAAUGAACAUGCUACAGUGGAUUAUGGUGAAUAUAGAGUUGCCAAGUGCAUUGCUGUCAUAUGCUGCGAUAGUUAUACUAUAAUACCUUUAAUUCAUUCGACAAAAAUGUCAUUUAAUUUUGACGACAAUUUAUGUUCACUAAUCCUAUCGUAUCUGUCAAUUGAGGACCGGAUAAGACUAGAGUGUGUGUCCAAACAGUGGCACCGAUUGGCAUAUAAUAGUGUCCACGAGUUGUCUUAUCCUAUUUGGUGGCUUAAUCACAGACGUGAUUCUCUCACACCUCAUAAAUUGCCAGACUUUUUAUGAAAAGCUCCGGA